CAUGAAGGAUACGAUCAUGUAAACUCCUCGGUGUAGAAGACUGCUAACUUUAAACUGUGUGUUUGUGUGUUUUUAUGUGAUAUCUAUGUGAAUUUAUAUAUCAAGGCUUGACAAAAUGGCGCUGCAACUAAAAUAUGCUGACGAGCACGGCAUCCUGCGCAUAGAUAUGACGGAGUCACCCGAUCAGGACAGACAGACUGACAUCAGAGAUCCCGAGUUCGAUUCUAUCAACCAGCGCUUCGGACAGUACGACCUGUUUGGAGGGGGCAGUCAGUCGCUGUUCAGAAGUCGCUAUAACAGUCUCGAGGAAGAGCUGGCGAACACGCCGUACGCGUUCGAUCGCAACCUACUAGACAUCACUAUAGAGAAGGAUUUACAAGACAAUCGGUUCUUCGAUCACGACCUGUUCGGCCCGAAGAUUGAUUUGAAGAAGGAUUCCUUCACCGUCACCCAGCUGAUACACGCACAGGACAGGUACUAUGAUUUGUCGAAGAAGGGGAAAGUCAGGAGCAUAGCUGAAGGUUUUGAAGUGAAAAGUGCGCCGGGCUCGGCGAAAAGGACCAGUGGUAGGGGUGCUUUUAAAGUUUUACCGGUAGAUGUCAGUGUUGGAUGUCCGAAAAAAACACAUACAACAGCCGCAUCGAAACGUAAAGGCGAGACCUCCUUCGCGAUCAUCGCAGAACCUUCGAGACCCAACAGCCCCCGAUCACUACCAGUAGAGAUACGACCCGGCAGAGUUUCACCUUUCAAAGGUCGCGGAUUCAGAGAAGAAACAUCACGCCACAAUACGCCAAAAACAUCAGCUGCCAAUUCAAGAUCAAAUUCACCGCCGCGAAGAACUCACUCACUAUCACGAAUAGACAAAAUGGCCCAAAUGGCUACACUACCCCCACCGGGGCCGGUUCAUAGACCGCCGAGAGAUUUUCUUAAAGAAAACAUGGAAGAAAUUAGAGAGCUCAGUGAAUUGAACAGAGAAAAGAAUGAAGCCGAAGCCGAGAAGAAGAAAGUAGAAGAAGAAAUAGCUCUGUUGAAGGAAAUGGGUCUUAUAGACAAGAAAGGUGAAAUAAAAAGCGUAGUAAAUUCCAGAGCAAAUUCUCGAAGCAGUUCGCCUAAUAAGUUCAUUUUACGAUCAAGAUCCAACUCACCUUCAGCUAUUCUACUCGAAGCUAGGAGUUCCGAGUAUCUUAACAAAGAUGGAGGGAAACCUGUAUCUCAUCGUUCUAGAGUUCGAUCGAUAUCUAAAUCUCAACCUCAAUCUGGUAAUGGAUCUCCAAAACAUUCUAAAAUACCGACGAGACAAAAUUCAGUUUCUCCAACCAGGUCGAACUCAAGACAAUUUAUGGAUAAAAGCCUUUCAAAAAAUCAGAGGCACAUAUCAAACAGUACCAGUAGUAUUCACGAGUCCAUAAGGAUAGGAAGUACGGUUCAUGACAAAAGGGCCAGUCAAAGUACUGAUCUUUUGAAUAUCGGACCGACUAAUAUUAAAAGUAAGCCACCGAUUUCUCCUGGCAGAAUUGGACCACCUCCCUCCAAUAAAUCAAUAAACCCAAAAAGAUUAUCACCAAUAGUUGGAACACCAAGUAAGAGUCCUCUGGAAGAUUCUAAGCCUUCGUCAGCAAAAAUAUCGGUUAACUCAACAGCUACCAAAGGCACUAAACCUGUUAAAGCCUCUGGCAGUACUCCGGCUGCUUCUAGAUUAAAUUCUAGACAGGCAAGUAAAGCUACCAGCCGUGACACCAGUCCAGACAAACGUAAAACGAGUACUGGAGUAUCUAAAACGAACAGUAUUACGAAAACUGCAACAAAGCCUCCUAAUACACGUUCCAGUCAGAAACCUCCUGUUGCCAAUAAAUCUGAGCCUAAAAAACCUAUAAGUAGAACGAACAGCGUAAAAAACUUAAGUAGAGCUCCAAGCACUAAAGCAUUAAAUGAGAAGCCUCCUUUAAGUAGACAAUCGAGUAAAAAGGAUAUAACUGAGAAAGCAAAACCGGUAAGUAAAAAGAACGAGAUGACGUCCAAAGUCGAUGUUACUGAAAAAACUGUGAUGAAAACAGAUGAAAGUAAAAAUGAAAUCAUUGAAAAUAAAGACAAGAAGGACGAUGACAAUAAAGUGGAUGCUAAUGUUGGAGACUCGAUCGAAAAACAUGACAAUGAAACUCAAUACGAUAAGAAGCCAGCCGACACGGAAGAACUUGUUAUAAUGACUAAGAAAAAUGUUGUCUCUAUGACCACUGCGGCAAUUACCUCUCAACCAUUAGAAGUUGUAGCGACAGUGACGAACCAGUUACCAGCAGCUCUAGAGAAAGCCAGGGAAAAGGCGGAGAUUGAAAGGAUCAGUUCUAAAGAUUCAUUACUAGCAGUGGAAGAUGAAAAAGUGACAAAAACUCCAGAAGAAACCAAAGUAGAAAAAGAAGACAAGAGAACAUCAAAAACAAAAUCGGAAAAAGCUUUUGAUGAAAGUGUUAAACUUAGGCCGUUACAGCCGCCCUACAACAACCCUCAAGUAGAGAGAGUGAAACAAAAAAUAGACUCCAUAUUAAAAGAGCCCGAAAUAUCGACAGAAAAUAUUUUAGCAGCUGCAAAACAGAAGGAAACACCGAAAGCCACUGCCGAUAAAACUAGAGACUCCAUUAAAUCAUUAAAAAGUGAUAUAAUAGAAAAGAAAGAAAAAAUAAAGAAGCAAAGUGAAGAAAUUACAGAAUUCAAAAAAGAAGCGAGCAAAAUAGUUGACAGCAUCAUAACACCUGUUGAAGAACCGAAAGAAUUAAUGGAAAAAACAAAAGAUGAGAUUAAAAAAGACAUAGAACCGAUAGUGAAGGUGGUGAGUGAAAGGAAGAAGGAGGUUAAGGCAGACGUGGAGAAAAUGACGGAGACCUUAGUACAGGGGGGGCCCGAGCUGGAGGUCCUCAGCUCCAACGUGUCCACACCUGGAGCGGCUGGGAAGAGGAAGGUGGCUGACGGCGCAUCAGACAAGUCUCACAGCAAUGGAGGGUUCCCUCAAAGUACGAGCACCACACCAAAACCACCGCCACGAGCACAUCGAGAAGCGAAAGAUAAAUCACCACCAGCUCAGGAGGCACAGGCGCCCCAGGACGGAACCGCCAAGACGAACAUUUGUACCAGGUUUAUUGGAAAAUGUAGAACUGCGUGCUCCUGUUGCACCAAAACACAAUUAGAUGGGAUAGAAGAACAAAGAGACAUAGACGAGGAGCAACCAGCGAAAAAACAUUUUCUCCAGAGAUUGAACUGCUUCAAGAAGAAGAUUCCUGAAGAAGAUAUAGAAGCUGCAGCUGGGAAAGGAACUACGAUAGAGUUUGAAAGCGAAACGAAAAGAAAACGUAAAAUACGAGACGUGUUAUGUGGGUGUUGUCGUCGUGACCGUGUCGCCGACGUGUCGGAGCCGCGUGCCGUGGACGUGUCGCCACCCGUCACGACAUCGGACGUGGUCCAGGAGGGAGGAUGCUGCGGGAAGAGGAGGGAGAUCGAGAGGAGGGACAGUAUCCUCAGCGAGCAGCCGACAUCCAGCUGCUGCAGCGCUUUCAACCGCUGGAUCGUUGGUGCUUGUCGUCGCUCGUCCGAGGGAUCCUCUAGCCGUCGCACCAGUCUGUUCUCCAAGAACAAGAGUCUGUCACCAACACUACCGCCUGAGGAUACUCGCAAGAAGUUGGAUUCAUCUCUGAUCGAACACACGAGUGCGAUGCGCGGCGCUAUACCCGUACUGGCCUUACCGCUGGCCGUCUUCUGUCUGAUUUGUAACAUCCUAAUACCGGGACUUGGUACUAUAUUCAGCGGCUUGUUUUGUCUAUGUUUUGGGAUUCCCCGUUUCGGUGUUUACGACGGAGCAAAACAUAGAAUAGGAUCCCUGGUGAUCAACCUGCUGGUGGGUUGCAGCCAACUGUUCACUGUUCUGUUCUGUCUGGUGGGAUGGGGCUGGGCUAUCUGGUGGGGAGUCAUCAUGGUGCAGGUUUCUCGUAAAUACAAAAAAUUGAAAGCAGACGCCGCUGCAGCGGAAGCGGAAGCUCCUCCUGUCACCAACAACAACCACACAAGACCCUGAUUUAUAUAUAUAUAGGUCGGUUAAAUAAUACGAACAUACAAUAAGUAGACGGACUAAUAAAAAUGUACAUACAAAAAGGAGCUUAUUUGAUCGCGUUUUGGAUAUCUACGGCUAAAAUGAAAAGAUAGUAAUAAUUCGUUAUAAUACUAUAAGACAAAAAGACCAGACAUAAACUGCGUUGUGUUUUCAUAGAAAAAAAACUUUGAAAUGUGGUUUAAGAUUUUUAUACAUAAUUAAAAGAAAAUUAUUAUUAUUGUACAGUUUUCAACAUUUUUUGUGGCAAAACGGAUCUUGGCUUCUGCUGGUCAGAAGAUUUUUUUAAAUCUACAGUUUUGUCGACUUCCAGAUAAAGUUUUCGAUCAGUGGCGAUCUUUGUCGAGUAGACGUUUUGGUAGUACUGUAUAGAACACUGGCAACACUGAAAUAAAAAAUAUUACAAAACAAAACUAGUGUUGCCACAACCAAAAUAAAGCCCCAAGUGCUUCUCUUACUGUAAUUUUAUCAAUAUAUAUUAGUGUAUAAGGAAUAAACAUUUUAAUUAUCUACAACUAUUAUUCUGUGUAUAAAUUGUAAUACACAGGAGACGAGGUUACCUAACAUGUACGGUCGUUAAGGGACAUAUAAACGCAACAACGGGACUCAUUAAGAUUCCUACGAGAUAAUUUAAAUAUAUAAAUAAAUUAUAAUUCCUCUGUACUUUUAUAAUAAGUAACAGUUUACAAUUUAACUCUUAUGAUUAUUUAUUGACGGGGUUCUUCCACUAUGUUAUUUUAACAACCGAGCGACUCUUGUUCUGUAUAUAGUUGUAUCGUUCUUAUAAACUCGCAGUUGCUUGUAACAAAUGAAUAAAUUUUUUAUUACAACCG